CAUUACACAUCUCUCUUUCUAUCUCUCUCGCUCUCAGUUUUGUGGGAUUGUUUCUUUUUUAGGGUUUUCUCAGGACUUUUGUCUUAAAAGGGUUUGGUGAAGCUAUAGAUUUCAAUUUCAUACAUAGUUAACGGAGCGAAGAAAUCUUGUGUUGAUCAAUGGAGGGUAACAGAGAAACGGGUCCAAAACUUCUUGAUUUGAUUCCCCAAGGACGAAAAUGGUACCAAGAAGACAAGAACAACACAGAUCAGGAGAAGAAACUUGAGCUAAGGCUUGGACCACCAGGUGGUGAUGAAGAAGAUCAUUCACCGAUCAAGAAGAAGAACACAGAGACAAGAAACAUCAAGAAGGAAUCAGAAGACAAAUCUUUCCACUGUUUCAAUGGCAAUCACUUCUCUUCUUCCAACAAAACCACUUAUGUUCCUCACAUCUCACAUAAAAGAACUGCUCCUGGUCCAGUGGUGGGUUGGCCUCCGGUUCGUUCGUUCAGAAAGAAUCUAGCGAGCACAAGCUCUUCAAAGCUAGGUAACGAAUCCUCCUCACAUGAAGGUCAAAUCAAUAAGAGUGAUGAUGGUGAAAAGCAAGUCGAACCUAAGAAAGAAGGAAUGUUUGUCAAGAUCAAUAUGGAUGGUGUUCCUAUUGGUCGUAAAGUUGAUCUCAAUGCUUACAAUAGCUACGAACAGCUCUCUUUUGCCGUAGACAAACUCUUCAGAGGUCUACUCGCAGCUCAAAGAGAUACCUCUGGUGGUGAAGGAGAAGAAAAACCUAUAAUUGGAUUGUUAGAUGGGAAAGGAGAAUUUACUUUAACCUAUGAAGACAAUGAAGGGGACAAGAUGCUUGUUGGGGAUGUUCCAUGGCAAAUGUUCGUUUCAUCUGUGAAGAGAUUGCGUGUGAUUAAAAGCUCUGAGAUUUCAUCUGCCUUGACAUUUGGAUGGAGUAAGCAAGAGAAGAUGAAGCAUUGAAGAGUCUUUUUAGGAAUUUCUAUUUCAGACAGAGAGUCUCAAAGCUUAUAAAUAUAUGUACAUCUG